CACACUUUUUCUGUUACAAACUGACACCGGCCCCCCAUCAGAGAAGGGAAACGUUAUGUGGCCCUCACAGGAAAAGGUUUGGGGACCCCUGUUGUAGAGGGAUCCAAUUUUGAUGCGAGGACGCCUCACUCGCUAUCAAAUAAAAUUCUAUCAAUGAGGUAGUGAAGGAACCACCAAUAUGUGCAAAGAGCCACAUACGCAAUCCCAGUCGGGAGUUUGGAUUCUUCCUUGAUCCGGCGAGCUAUUUGUGCACUCGCUCCUGACCCCGCACGCCAUCUGAGCUGGCCUUAAUCAUGUAACGUCCUCUCCGUAAUGGAUUGGUGCGUGGCAACGUUUGACCCUCUGAUGGCGACGCGGGCGCUCGUUUGUCUGCCCCGACAACGUGACCUUCGUUUGCCCAAGAAGAUCAAUUUGCACACAAAGGCCCGAGCGACAUUUACGGUUCUGUCAAGUACCUUUGCGUCUGCGGUCGUCGUCUAUCUAUCUAUCUAUCGGAACCGCUUACGCUCAUCGUAGCCCUGUGCCCAUCUCGCACUUAACGUAGCUCGGCCGACCGACCGAACCCCUCCAAUCGGUCGGUAACGGCUCUGACGUGCAGAAAUUGCCGUACCGAGGUUCACCCCGAACAAAACAGGAUGUUCCGGGAAGCUAGAUUCUAUUUGCAUCUGGCGGGCCGGCCGGCCGACAACAAUCCAUCCGAUCGUCUUUUCGGACUUUGGUCAUUGAUUACGAAAGCCAAAAGGGCCCGUCAAGUGUAGUCAAAAGCCCCCCCGGAUAGCCGGAGCUGUUAAGAAGGCGACGGGUGGCCAUCCAUGCCUACCAAAGUUCACCUUUCUUUCCAUGUCUGCUUCACCUCUAGAGUCUCUUCAGAGCGGUGGCGAAAGUAGCAAGGUAAAAGGGUUUUGGUUGUUGUUUUUUUCUCAGCUUGUGGCAGGCAGGCAGGCAGGCAGGCAGGCAGGCAUUUGUUCCUUUUCAUUCAUUGUCUAACCUGUGCCAAAAUGAUUCCUAGGCAAAUGUAUUGCUGCACCAGAGCCGUCCGUAUUUGGCGAAAUGAACCUUUUCAAGGUUGGCCGUGACAUGUAGCAUUCCUUUUGUUUCAUAAGUGAACAUUGACACUGACUCACCAUUUUAAAGAAGCAAACAAAGCCUCUUUGACAGAGCAGAGCUUCAAAUCCUCCCGGUCCAGAUUUCAUUGACACACACACACACACACACACUCACGCGUGACAGGCAAACAACUCCGGAGCGCGGGAUGGAUUGACGCGUGGCAAGCAAGUUCAAAGCAAGGACGUGGGGAUCAUCUGCAAACAAACAAACGUGAUAUGUCCUGGGAGCUCAAGCAAUGUGGCAAGCCUCACUUUGACAGCUCGGACCAGGCGACUCGUAUUCGCCGCAUCACUAACCGGCUACGCUGCCCGCGACAGGUCUGGAGUACAAGCAAUAACAAAACGAGGCCCUUUGAGUUUCAACAGUGUGCAGCGAAAAAUAGGGCAAUUAUAAAAGAAAAAACCCAUCACAUCUCCCGCUAGCGAAGCGGAUCACGGCUAAUUGCGUCUUUGCGGGAGCACGCAACGGCUGAAACCACACUCAAAAGCUACCAAGUCAUCCCAAAGCGUGAUGCUUAGAAGGAGCAAAGGGAGAGAAAAGAAACAAAUGUUCAGCCUUCUACGUCAAAGAGCAGACGUGCCCAAAGUUCAUUUUGUAGGGGCAUCGCGUGCUCAAAAGUCUGCCUUUCCAAAGCACCAAAUGUGACGGAAAACAGCAUUCACCUUUGGGGUGGAUCGCUACAAGGAGCGCUGACUUUGACCGUGUCCGGAAGCACUUGACGGCAAUGGCGUGCACUCCUCAGAUUCAGCCGGUCUUUGCCGUCUAACCCGAGCCCAAACAGGAAGUGGGUUAUGGGACGUUGAGUCAUAUCAAGCAGCAGCAGCAGCAGCAGCAGCAGCAGCAGCAGCAGCAGCAGCAGCAGCAGCAGCAGCAGCAUCACAACAACAACAAUGUCACGGCAGCCAUGACGACGGGAGACGAGCGGCGGCGGACGGCGGAGGAGUCGUAAUGAUCAUGUGGCCCCCGAGAGGAUGAUCAGCUCAGCGGCGGCCCGUCCGGAUCGCUCAGCCGCCUCGUCUCAGGUGAUUAGGGAAAGCCCGCCGGACGCCGAGUCAGCACACUCGCACGCUGAGAUGACCCAGGAACAGUGCAGUCAUAGGAACAAUGUCCAGAGUUCGGAGCAAGCGCAAGUGUACAAAGUGGGAAUCUACGGCUGGAGGAAACGCUGCCUUUACUUCUUUGUGCUGCUGCUGAUGAUCCUCAUCCUGGUCAACCUGGCGCUCACCGUCUGGAUCCUCAAGGUCAUGAACUUCACCGUCGAUGGCAUGGGCAACCUGAGAAUAACAGAGAAGGGCCUCAAGCUGGAAGGCGACUCGGAGUUUCUUCAACCUCUCUAUGCCAAAGAAAUCCAGUCCAAACCGGGUCGCCCCCUGUACCUGCAGUCGUCCCGAAACGUAUCGGUCAACAUCGUCAACAGCAACAACCAGCUGCUCACGCAACUCGUAACAGGAUCCGGUGGGUUCAAAGCGCGAGGCAAGAUGUUUGAGGUCAAAUCCACAUCCGGCAAACUCCUCUUCUCGGCCGACGAGCAGGAGGUGGUGGUGGGCGCCGAGAGGCUCCGGGUGAUGGGCGCCCAGGGAGCCGUGUUCAGCAAGUCGGUGGAGACGCCGCACGUCCGGGCCGAGCCUUUCAAGGAGUUGCGGCUGGAGUCUCCCACCCGCUCCCUGCUCAUGGAGGCCCCCAAAGGCAUCCAGAUCCUGGCCGAGGCCGGGGACAUCCAAGCCAUCUGCAGGAACGAGCUGCGACUGGAGUCCAAAGACGGAGAGAUCUCGCUGGACGCCCGCCGCAUCCGCCUGAUGCGUCUGCCGGAGGGCAAGGCGUCCACCGCCGGCGCCUCGUCGUCCGGCACCAGGCAGACGGUCUACGAGGUUUGCGUUUGCCCCAACGGGAGACUUUUCCUCUCCCAGGCCGGCACCGGAUCCACCUGCCAAAUCAGCAACAACGUCUGCCUCUAGGAUUAGAGACACGGGGACUCGCACGGGAACUGAUCACGGAGGCCCUGAUCCGUAGUUUUCUAAAUAAGCGGGGCAGGGGGCGGAGCCUCUGGACGCUGUAUUUAUUACGUCAUAUUCCGGGAAUUCAAUCAGCUCGACUAACUGAAACUAACGUGUUUAUUUGUUUGUUUGUUUGUUUGUUUGUUUGUUUUAUGUUCCUUGCUCCGGACAGAUUCUUGGGAAUAUCCAAGAGGAAUAAUUGCUUUGAAAUGCCGUGACCCUAAACUGCCAUACACACCUUUUGUCGCAUGAGCCCGGCCGGAGAGGUGAGAGUCUCCCAUCAGGUGAGAGACUCCGAUCCGGUGGCCGAGCCCCGCCCACUCUCCCGUGGCUUUGGAAUGGUGCUUUUUGGUCACUUUGAGGAUUUACUGCGACACCACUGAUGUAUUAGACUGCCACCCUAAUGUCAAGCUAAUGUUGUUGUUGUUGUUGUUGUUGUUUUUUUUUAUCCUACCCUUGAGUUUUCAAACAUUGUUUAAAAAACAACAACAGAAAGCAUUUGCAUUCAAGCACAUUGUAAUGCUGGAUGCUCUCUCAAAGCGACAAGCUCCAAUUUCAGGUUCCCAUUGUCAGAUGCUUUCGAGUUUGUGCAUAAAUGAGGUUGCUAUCCUUGUUCAAAACGCUGGAAGGUUGAGCGCGGGCUGAAAUUUUGAAAGCAUUUGCGUAUUUUCCCACGCUCCCGUGCGCUCUUAGCAGAACAAGCGGCAGGUCUAUAAAGGUGUCCUCGGUUUGAAACGAGGUCGGGGGCUUUCGGCGUCGUAAAACUACCAGAGCCCACUCGAGUUUUCAGUGUCUCUGAGACAAACGGCGGAAGCGACAGAGGAUGUGUCACCAAAAAACGCAUUCAACUCCUCCAAAAAACCCGAAAGCCUACGGUGAGGGAUUUGUGUGUGCCCGGCCAACAUCCCGGCGAAUUACGCGAAACGGUUCCGACAAAAUAUGCGACUCGUGCCGAAAUGUCCCCGUGUUUUGUUGUUUUUGUUUUCCCUUUUCCGUCGUGCCGCCAUCUCAGCUCCAGUUUGGUGGCAAUUGUUUGGACUGCGAUGCGUUCUGUGGUCAGCCCUUCUUGUUUCUUGCACAAGGAGGAAGUGCGCCUGUGCCUUACACUUGUGGCAAAAAGAAGCACAUCAUCAUCAUCAUCAUCAUCACCACCACCACAUGGCCUCCACUUUGCCGCCAUCCCAACGCAACGAGCAUCCCGAAUUCAUCAUGUCCCAAAAUCUCAUGUCCUCAAAUAAUGCGCAAAUGGAAAAUAAAUCAAGAGCCGCUACGGCUCGCCACAUUGAGAUCCUCAUAAGGCAACGAUCGCUCAACACCAAGAAGAGGGAGUUGACGAGCUACUAAUCAAUCAAUAAUUGGCCACUAUUUGAUGAAAUGCGGUGUUUUUUCAAUUUGUACACUCUGUGUUAUGCCUUUCGAUUUGAAUCGUGUUCACACUUUCUCACAGUCGUGUGUGUGUGUGCGUGCUGAGUGUUAAAUGUGUGCUACUUUGACUUUUGACCUUUGGUUUGGUUUUUCUGCCCAAACUCAAAAGACGACCAAGAAGGGAAGCGACGCUUGGAUUGAAAUCGGCUUGGUUUUUUGGGGUUUAUUCUUCAGUCCAUAACUUGACAACCAUGGACGUUUUUUUUUUAAACUUGCCAGAAUAAAGAGGCAUUGUUCAGAAAGAUCGCA